AUGCCCGAACUCCGCGGAGCUCGCCCAUAUCGUUCCAAGCGGUUACGGCCCUGUGAUACAUGUCGCCAGCGGAAGCAUGCCUGUCAGUUGCAGGACAAACCCCCCUGUGCAUCCUGUCGGAAUCUAGGAGUCGCUUGCACGUUCAAGAACCCCCCUAGCAAACGGGCGCAGCGGAAUCAUCCACAAAAUUUCCCCGAAGUUGGACAGCCUAUGAUGAUUCAGGACCUACUGGGCCUACAGGAAUCGUCCUUGCCCGAAUUCUCCGACCUUGGAGCCGAUAUAGACUUCUUCGAAGACAUUCAGCUACCACAACUGUCACAUCCAGGGCUCUUGAGGGCAACUCCCCCACCAGUUGCUCAGAACAUACUGUGUAAUGCCGGCGAAAAUGAGUAUGUGAGUGAGAGGAGACAGCAAAAUCCAAGGGUAAGCCAGGUCUCCUUGCCUUCCACUGUGGCGCCUUUUGCAGCCGGAACGAUCGAUUCAUUUCCACCAACGUCUUUGUCGUCACUCUUCCCCGGAGAAGGCAGCUGCACCGACAGCAUACCUGCCGCUUCCCGCUAUUUGAGUGCUCAGGCCGGAGACUCAGAAGCAUCACGACUGAAACAAUCCUUAGAUAAUGCCGCGGGAUAUAGCGUGCAGUAUUCUGGGCUAUCGGGGGAGAUGGAUCCAUAUUUACUACGUCACUUUAGAUUUCCGGACGUGGGGACGGCGAAGUUCUUCAAGGUCCACUACCGUCAAUUGGCGCCUGAAAGUCCGAGUGAUAUACCCGUUCAUUUCCGACUGACAUCGCACGACAUAGCGGAUUCGUUGACUCCAGAGACAUCGCUUUCAUCGGGGCGGGAACUUCUUGAGAACCUCGUCCCCGUUCACCUUGGCGUCCGCUUAGUGGGCCUGUUUUUCCGCUAUGUCUUUCCCAGUCUGCCCGUACUCUCUCGUACAGCAUUCGGAUUAAGCAGAGACACCCUGAUACCUGACACCCAUGUAUUGCGGGAGAUGCCCAGCCAUCUGUUGGCUGCUGUUUACGCCUCGUCCCAUGAGUUUUCCAGUCACGACCCCGUUCUCUGCGUUUCAAGCACAUAUCAAAAGGUUCCCGCUGAGAAACUCUGGCGUCUUGCCUACGAGGGGAUCCACGAUGACAUCCACCGAGCACAGUUAGCCACACUGCAGACCGUUUUGCUCUAUCUACAGAAACCAUCGUUGGAGGGAGUCACCGCACUGGCGGAUACACCCUUCCACCGGUCGUGGGUUAGCCUUUUAGCCUGUUUAGCUACUAAUUUGGGUCUGAAUUUGGAUUGUCAUCGCUGGCCAAUACCCCUCUGGGAGCGGCGGUUAAGACGACGGCUCUGGUGGGCAGUGUACACUGAAACCACUUGGAAUAGCCUUUUGAUGGGGUUUCCCCAUCCUAUUAGCGAUGAUGAAUGGGAUGUCAGCCCUCUCGAUGAAAAUGACUUUGUCAUCGAUCAUCUCCUCUUACCCAACUUGGAAUCAUAUAACACAAAAUUCCCGUCUCUGUCGCCAUGUGUCUAUUGCCAUGGAGGCUACGAGUUUGUAUUCCUUGCAAGCUUAACUGUCAUCGCUUACGAUAUCUAUCGCAAGUUAUAG